AUGGACCACAACCAGUCAGGUCAGCCGAAUGCGAAUAGCCCAGAUGCGGCUGCUCGCCUUUACUAUAUGAAAAUGAUGAGACAGACGCUCCAGCUUUACGGUCUUGAUAUAUGUGAAAAACCUCUGCCUAACGUUUUCCUAAACUACGAGCCACGGACAUCGUGUGAUGGUGUUUAUCAAGACAGUGACAGUAACGACGGUAACGACAAUAGUGGGGGAGGGGAGAGCGACGAAGACAGCGAGUACAGCGAGGAGAGUGAUGAACCGAUCUACAGCCAAAGUGGCAGUCCUGUGCAUCAUUUUAGCCCGGCCCAGCGUCCUGCUGCGACAUCUUCGGCCAGGACCGAUGGUUACAGCAGCAUGGACAUGAUGCAGGUGCCCUGCCUGUCGGCCGACACGGACGCGCUCGUAGCCGGCACCGAGACGAGCCAGUCUGCAGCAAUUCUGUCGGGACUGCCAACCGCGACAACCGCAGCAGUCGGCCGCCGGCAUGAUGCCUUGCAAUUCGGCCUCCAGGUGGUGCAGCAACUCGGCCGGCUCGAUGUGCUGCCGCGGCUGCAGCGACUGCGCCAGGCCACGCACGACCUGCUGGAGCGCGUGCAGGCGGCGCGACCACCAGCGACAACAGGCCACCAACUGCACGACACAGCCACAGCAGUGCUGCAGCAAGCUGUGGUCGUGGCAGCCGAAGCACGACGCUUCCUUACCAACAACCUGGCGGCCAUGGUGGCGACUGCGGUGGCGGCCGGAAACGCCAGUACCAGUGCCGCCCAGCUGGAGGGACAGCUGCAACACGGACAGGUGACGAUGCGCAGCGGACACGCCGACACGGUGUACGUGGACCGGCUGGACGACGUGGAAGAGCCCGUCUUCCUCGACCGUGAAGACAGCUGGGAAGUGCUGUGA